AAAGAGAGAAAGGCUGUGAAUUUAGUAUUUAAACAAAAGCGAGGGCUGGUCAGCUUGACCAUUUACCUUGCUCGCACGAAAACGCCUGCACGUGUGCAGUUUGUCUCGGCGUCUUGUACAUGUUUGGAAGUAGAAGCAGUACCACAGAUACGCGUUUUUAAGGGCACAACGUCGACAGUCGCAUAACACUCUACCUGUGAGCCCUGUGCCUGCUGAGGGAUUUGUUUCGUGCCUUCACGGCAGCCCGAGAACGACGCCGCCCCUACAAUGAGCGCUGCUGUGCUAAUGGCUGAUUUGGACAUUCGCCGCCUUACCAAUGACCAAAGGACCGUGUCGACGACAAAAGUGGACGUGGUGCAUCCCGUGGUGAAGUCUCUGCUGGACACAGGAAAUCGGAAAGCCCUCUGCAACUUUAACAGCGUUUCUUCUAUCGCACACAGCAACCCAACUAUAAACGAUAAAAUCUCCGGCACUGGCGACGAAGACUCCGAAAUCGAAGCAAUGCACUUUUACGACGACGAAGAGGAUCUGUACCAGGUGCCAGAUGAAUUCAAGCUAGACGACGAGCAUUUCGAGGUGUUCAGGAACGUGUGUGGAGUCCGCUUGCAGCGGGAGUUCUGCGUGGCCGUCCUUCCGUCGAUUCCCCCAGAGUUCGCACUUCCAGCCGAACUAGACUUGUUAUGCGCCGAAGAGGACUUUGUGGACCUGUUCGCCAUGGAGAAACCUAUACCCAUUGACCAGCUCAGACACGUGCCGAUGGACUGACCGCGUGCUGUGUAGUGCUACGGAUCCUUCAUCAGACAACUGGAUCUGUUCGGCCCGAUUGACGAAGCUGUGCCCGGCAUAAAUGUUUUUGUAAAGCGCUCAAGUGACGCGGCAGCCCGGAACAUAGGAAGGCUGGGUUAUACAUUUAUUCAUUUACUUACAUGCCCGGAAUUCCUAAGCCAUUAUAGACGGAAGUGGGUUCACAAUAGAACUGUGCAUUGCAUGAUAUAAUGAAACAAUAAAAGGCGAGACAGCCAUAAUAAAACGACACAAGGAAAACUAAAAGCAAACAAAUAUCUCGCAACAUUCACCACGAUCGCUAAGGGGCUAUGGCGUUGCGCUGCUGAAGUUAAAGUCGCCGGUUCGAACCCCACCACGGCGGCCACAUUUGGAUGGGGCGAAUUGCAUACGCACUCAUGCACUUAGAUUUAUGUGCACCUUGAAGAAACCCAGGUGGUCAAAAUUAAUCCCAAUUCCCCCAGUGCGGCGUUCCCCAUAAUUGGAUUGUACUUCUGGCACGU